GGCGGGCGGCGGCCGGGGCGGCCCAGGGGCUGCCGCGGGGACUCGGGGCGCCGCCGAGCGGCCAGGCGCUGGGGCGGGCCGAGCGCACCGCGGGGCCCGGACACGGCGGGUUCGAGGCCGGGCCCCCGCGCGGGGAGCUGCGGGGUGGAGACUUUGCCGCGCGGCGCGGAGCAGGCGGGAGCCGGCGGGGGCCUCGGGAGCCCCAGGGCGGCCGGGCCCGGAUCCCGGGGGAGCCUCGCGAGUCCGGGCCGGAACCUCGGUGUGCGCAUCCCCUCCGGGGCCCGGGCUGCAGGAGCACAGAGCAACCGGGCCUCGCGGAGCUCAGAGCGCGCCUGACCCGGGGCGCACCGUGGGACCCGGGCGCGGGGCUGGCGGAGAGCUGCCCCGCGGGGCUAGCAGCCGCGGAGUGGCCUACAGGGGCCCUCCCCCGGAGGGGCCGGGUCGGGGCGGGGAGAUGAACGGCUUCAGCACGGAGGAGGACAGCCGCGAAGGGCCCCCUGCCGCCCCCGCCGCCGCCCCGGGCUACGGCCAGAGCUGCUGCCUCAUCGCGGACGGCGAGCGCUGCGUCCGGCCCGCGGGCAACGCCUCCUUCAGCAAGAGGGUGCAGAAAAGCAUCUCGCAGAAGAAACUCAAGCUGGACAUAGACAAGAGCGUAAGGCACCUGUACAUCUGCGACUUCCACAAAAAUUUCAUCCAGAGCGUCCGAAAUAAAAGGAAGAGGAAGACAAGUGAUGAUGGCGGAGAUUCCCCUGAGCAUGAUGCCGACAUUCCUGAGGUUGAUCUGUUCCAGCUACAGGUGAACACUCUCCGACGCUACAAACGGCACUACAAGCUGCAGACCAGACCCGGCUUCAACAAGGCCCAGCUAGCAGAGACUGUGAGCCGACACUUCAGGAACAUACCAGUGAAUGAGAAAGAGACGCUUGCCUAUUUCAUCUACAUGGUGAAGAGUAACAGGAGCAGACUGGACCAGAAGCCAGAGGGCAGCAAGCAGCUUGAGUGAGGUGCAGCCGCCCAGUGAGGUGGAAGCCCUGAUGAGAGGACAGCCAUGCACUGCUUGAUGACAGGUGGCCCCUGCAACGUCUCAGCCAAUAAGGACUGUUCGUAUCUACUGUAAAUAAAGUUUGAAUGAUGGACACUGUAAA